GCGUGUGAAGGGCAUCAUAAGAAACGAAAGAAAAAGCUCAUCGGUUUUGUUUAUUUAGCUCGUUGGUUGUUUCGAAAACUUUAACAAUUUUCUUUUGACCAGAAAAAAAAUCAAAAAAUGAUGUCAUUUGGAGCUUCAAGAUUAUUGUCUCGUUUACGUUUGAUUCGUUUGAAUCGUCGAAACAUGUCCAGUCAUGAUGUACCGGAGAAAUAUCGUCAUUUGGUUCGAUUGGAUAUGAAUAAGGGUUAUCCGGUACCGAAUCAACUAUAUUCAGAAGCCUAUUCAGCUCGACAAUCUAAAUACAAUAAAAUGCUUGGUUUAUCUGCAUUGUUUUUGCUUUCAGCUAUGGGCUAUUGUUCAAUGAAUGGUACAUUUGAAUUUUUAUCACCACCACCACGUAAAGUUAAUAUUCCAUUGGAUCAACUUCGUUGAUUUUAUUUGAAAAAUGAUAAAAAAUUCGUUGA